AUGUCCGGAAACGCCUCGCUGGACUCAUCGUCAUCGUCGGCUCCGUUCACCGUUUCCAAGCGACCUCGCUAAUCUCUCAGCUGCGCAGCGCUGCCUCUGCUUCCGUUUGGUCCUCUUCGUCGGAGAAUAUCGAUUUGGAUUCUCGCCCGAAUUACUUUGCUGCGAGAAGAAACGAGAUGUAUCCUUCCAAAGGGAACACCCCUUACGGGCAGCAAGUUUAUGGUUCUUCACAGGCAUAUGGGCUCGCCGGUAGUGGCUAUAGUGGGAACCCUGUUGGCAGUUCAGAUGCAGAUUUGAGCUCAUACCGAGCCUAUUCUUCACAAACAGCACAAUACGGAGGACCAUAUGCUGCUGUUUAUAGUUCUUCCGCCGUGAGCAAUGUUCAACAGGUUGGUGGAGUGAGUAGUAAAGAUGCAGUUUCAACAUCCAACUUACAAGGUCGAUCUACUUACCAAUCGGCACUGGCAGAGUCAUCCAAGUUCCCAUCUGGAACUCUUGUAUCAGGCUUGGGCAUCACAACUGAUGACUAUGGUUCUGCAGCUACUCAUGGAUAUUCCCAGAAAGGGGAUCAGUUUUCUUCAGUAAAAAAUCCUGAUUAUGUUGCAUCAGACAGGAGGCAUUAUAGUGAACAUCAGGGUGCUUUUGCAGGCAGAGACUCACAGAAUGAUUCAUCACGAAGAUACCUUGAGUCUGUUUCCCUCAAUAGUCAUCAUCAGGUUGAACUACAUGAUCGAAUGGACCAGGCUUCAUUGCGACAACAGCAAUUGCUGAAAGCUCAGCAACGACAACCUGGUACCAACAUAAGACAAGAUGAAUGCUAUACACCAAUGUCUCUUCCUACUCAUUCACAAGAGCUUAGUGGCUAUGGUGCAAGGAUGGAUGCUGAUCCACGUGGUCUAUCUGGUUUUGGUGCUGCUUAUGGUGGACAAGUUGCAGCUUCCAUCUUAGGGGGAGCUCCCAGAAGAAAUGUUGAUGACCUCAUGUAUGUUCAGGGAUCUUCGAAUGCUGCUUAUGGGGUUGGUUUGCCACCUGGUCGAGAUUAUGCUGCAGGAAAGGGUAUCCUUGGUACUCAUGAGUCUAAUUAUCAAUCUAGUGUUCUUGCACGUUCUCAUCCAGUCCUUGGAGUCUCCAUGGUGGACGAAAGGAAUGAUGAUAGGCAUGCUUACCGCCGAGAGCUCGAGAUAAGGGAGGAAGAACGUCGUAGAGAAUUGCUUUGGGAGAGAGAAAAAGAACGCGAAAGAGAAGAGCGGGAACGCGAAAGGGAACGUGAAAGAGAACGCGAAAGAGAACGUGAAAGGAAACGUGAAAGAGAACGUGAAAGGGAACGACUCCAAGAGCAUCGAGAAAAAGAGAGGGAACGAGAGCGCAGGCGUGCACUUGAGGCAAGGCGAGAACGAACACCACCAAGACCUAUUAGAGAUCGUCGAGGUUCUUCUUUAAUAAAGGACAAAAAGGCUGUACGUCGAACUACACCACAUCGAGAGGCUGUGCAUAGGCAUCAUUCACCUGUUAAAGAAAAAAAGAGAGAAUACAUCUGCAAGGUUUAUCCUUUCUGCUUGGUGGAUGUUGAAAGAGAUCAUUUGUCUGUAAGCAAGAGAUAUCCUAGGCUAGUGAUAGCAGCAGAUUUUUCAAAGGCGAUUGUCAACUGGCCAAGGGAAACACUGAAUCUUUCACUUCAUACUCCUGUUAGCUUGGAGCAUGAUAUCUUGGAUGUGGAAGAUAAAAGUGAGGAGAAAGGGCCUGUUUCAUUGCAGGAGUCCCCCAAAUCUAAGGGUGUUAAAACUGUUUGGAACUCCAAGGUUAUCUUGAUGAGUGGAAUUAGCGUUGAAGCUUUACAGGAGUUGUGUUUUGGUAAAGACACUGAUGAGAAGCCAGUUCAUGUUAACAACAUCUUGAAGUUUGCUGUUAUGAAGAAAGAUCGUUCUUUUUCGGCAAUUGGAGGCCCAUCACAUGUGAGUUUAGAUGGGGAUCUGCAAGUUGAUGAUUUUUCCUUGAUUCAGACAGCUAUCAGACAUGUCAAACAUUUAACGCAACUUGACCUACAUAACUGUCAUCACUGGAAUCGUUUCCUUGAGAUACACUAUGAUAGAAUUGGCAAAGAUGGUUUUUUUAGCCAUAAGGAAGUUACAGUAUUCUAUGUGCCAAACCUGUCAGAAUGCCUGCCUUCGUUGGAUCAGUGGCGAGGGCAGUGGCUGACAUACAAGAAGGAGAAGACAGAGAGGGAACAGGUUUCAAAGGAGAAGAAACCUGCAGAAAUGAAGGAAUCUGGCCCAGGGGAAAAGACUCAAAGUAAAACUGUGAACAUGAACUCUGCCGGAACACUGAAAUCUGAAGACAACUUGGUUAAGGAAGAGAUGGCUGAUGUGAAAGGCAAUGAUCAGUCCAAGGUUGAUGUUGGUGAACCCAAUGAAAUUCCCUCUGAGCAGAAUGAAAAAACACUUGCAUUAGCUGAUACAGGAAGAAAAGAUGAUGUUGUUGGUGGACCGAGUAAAAUCAGCGAGAAUUUGGUGGUUGGAGGAGGCUCUGUUGAUUUGUCAGCUGAGAUUAAAAAAACUACCAAAAAGAAAGUUGUUAAAAAGGUGGUGAAAGGAAAGGUUGUCAGAAAGAAAGCAAUUUUGGUAGAAGCUGGCAGUAGCAUCAAACAGGAAGAGAAUAUGUAUAUCGAAGAUGGAAUCACAGAAGAUAAACAUGGAAAUGCUGAUAAAGAAGAUACAAUUUCAGCUGAUCCGCAGAGACCUGCAACUGUGACAAUGACAAUUGUCACAAAAGGUACUCCUGAAAAGUCACCACUCACAGAAGAUAAAGCUAAUUCAUCUGAAGCCCUAACUGGUGUCGCAACUAAAAAUGAGCCAACAGUUAUGGAUGGUACAGAAGUGGUUAAGAAUGAACAUGAUGGCGGCUCUGCUACACAGGAUGUAGAAAUUAAGACAACUGGAAAAAAGAAAAUCAUUAGAAGAGUGAUUAAAAGAAAAAUUUAUACUCCAAAAGUUAAGGAUGCAAUUGCAAAUAAAAACACUGAGGACACAAGGGAAGAUGUAAAAAGUGAUUUGGAAAAUAAGGGAAUUGUUGAAUUGAAUAUUUCUGAAAAUAAGACAACAGAAGAAUCUAGUACUAAUAAGAAAGAUCACUUGAAUGAAAAAACAGUAACAGAUGAGAAGACAAAAAGGGAAGCUAAAUCAGUUGAUAGCGAUGCCAUCCCCGAGAAAAGGUCAGAGAAUGUUAAUGGUUCAGAAAAUGUGAAAGAGAAAAGCUCUAAGAAAAGUGGGCAAGAUGGAAAAGAGAGAAAAAAAGAUGAAAAAGAGAAGAGCAAAGACGGUAACCAAAAGUCUAACAAAGAAAAAGAAAAAGGAGGUUCUAAGGAACCUCCUAAGCAUCCUGGAUUAAUUCUGAAAUCUCAUCGGAGCAAGGGGUCUAAAGGUCGUUCAGUCUCUCUCUCAUUGGAUGGACUUCUGGAUUAUAGUGAUAAAGACAUAGAAGAAUCAUCAUACGAGCUUUCUCUGUUUGCUGAGGCCUUCAAUGAAAUGCUUCAGUUUGAGAUGGGUUGCCGUUUAUUGUCCUUUCUUGAGAAAUUGAAUAAAAAAUAUACACUGAAAAGAAAUAGUCGGAAAAGACAACGUGAUGAAAAACCUGAGAAGGUUUCUGAAAAGGAGAUAUCACCCAUCAAGCGGACUAAAUCCAAUGAUAGUCCUGUUGCAAAGGAGGAUACAUGCAACAAAGACAAGGGCGAAGCUGCAAACAUUGUUAGUGAGUCCAUUAAAUCAGGAAAGGAAGAUGUGUCUGACAAAACAGUUACUGAAAAUAAGGAUGCAGAUGGUUCUUCAGGUGGAAGGGAUGAGACUAAAACUGAAGAGAAGGCAACAGAUGAGGAUAUGAUAGAUGAGGAUGAAGAUCCAGAAGAAAUUAUAGAAGAAGAGGAAGAAGAUGAUGAUUUUAAAUCAUAUGAAGUUCAAAAGGAUGAUAAAGUUAAUGUAAAAGUAGAAGCUGAAUCAGAAGUUGAUGUUAAGAUGGAUGUAGAUUCUGUGGUUAUGAAUGAAAGUAAUACCGACAAAAUUGGCAAUGAUAAUAAGGCUGCUAAUGCCAAUGAAGCAGCUGACAAGAAUACAAAACCUGCAAAUGCCAAUGAAGCAGUUGCCGAGGACAAUAAACAGAAUGCUGAUCAGACAGAUACUGUAAAGGAUAAAGAUUGUGUAAAAACUGUCAAGGAAGCAUCCACAGGGGAUGGAGUUGUGGAUAAGGAGCUUUUGGAGGCUUUCAGGUAUUUUGACAAGAAUCGAACAGGAUACAUCAAGGUUCAGGAUUUAAGGUGCAUUCUUCACAACUUAGGCAAAUUCAUGUCAAACAGACAUGUCAAGGAACUGGCACAAAGUGCUCUUCUCGAAAGUAAUUCAGCAAGAGAUGAUCGCGUCUUUUACAAGAAACUAGUGAAGAUGGCAAUCGGAGAUAUAUAAUGAUGCUGUCAAGACAAUUUAGAGUUUUUUUUAUGUCCGUCAUCUGAAAUUGAUCUACUAUAUUAUUUUAUCACAACUCCAGUUGUCGACCUGCUUUUGUGGGUAGUUUUAGUUUGACAUGUAUUAUAUUUUUAAACAAGCAUAAAUAAUUUUUUGUGAAGCUUGUUCAAGAAUAUUUUCUACACAAAAUUCUAAUUAAAGUUUCAGCUGUGAAA